AUGAGCAGCGCGCGCAGCAAACAGACGCGGCUGCUGCGGCAGGCCAGCGUCCUGCACGAGCUGCAGGAGACGCAGGAGAAGGACUCGCUCCAGGGGCGCUACGCGCGCCUCAUGACGGAGCUCGCGGCGCUCUGUGGCGACCGCUGCAGCGUCAUCACGACCGAAUCGCUGCAGUUUUUCGCUUCGGACGGCCGCGCGGAACCCGUGCGGCUUGAGCGCGCCUCCGAGCGCGUGGACGCGCCGCAGAAGCCCAGCGCGGCGAGCAGCAGCGGCGGCAGUAAACAGGACGACCUGCUCAGUGCCGACGCUGCGCGAAGACAGCGCGUGGAGGAGCUCACGCGCUUUUUCAUGGAGGCCAAGUCGGACAUUGAGUUUGCGUUGGGAGGCGGACGGGACUUUGUCGAAGUGAACGAAAAGGAAAAAGAUGUGGAGCGCGAGCGCGAGGGCGAGGGCGAUCAGGACGAGGCGGGCGACGAGGACGGCGACGAGGACAGGCACGAGACGGUAGUGGACCCGGAGAAGCAGCUGGUCAAGAUGCACGUCCAGCUGCUGCGGGACAAAGUGGACCACCGCGUGUUCAAUGGGAUGCUGGGCCAGAUGCGGGAGCAGGACCCGGCACUGUAUGGAGCAGUGCUGUGUCAUCCGCUCGUGACGGGCGUAGACCCCAAGAAGGAAAAGAAGAAGAAGAAGAAACGAAAAGACAGUGAACGGAAAGAGAAGCAGCCGUCGACACAAACGACGAGCGGCGCCAGCAUGCUGGCACCAGAUUUGACAGUCGAGCCCUUGUCGACCGAAGACAUGACGAUGAACAUUAGCCGAUUCGUAGCCAAAAGCAUUGCAGAAGGGUCGUUACAAGGGCUGAUGCUGGCAGCAAAGCUGGUGUCAUCGUUUAUGAAUCAACAGAGCGAGGAGAGUGAGGCGUUGCCGCCGACGUUCCCGCUGGCAUCGCACCUCCGAGUGCUGCGCGGAGACGAGGUGCCGGAACGUAAGACGAAGAAGACAAGUGCAAAGCCUUUUACGACCAAAGAAGCUUCGACGUCGACAGUAGCAGAUCAGUCUAUGGCAGACACAAGCACAGUCGAAAGCACUGAAGGCAAUUUCGAGUCUGAUUUGCAAAGCGUUGUGCUGGAAAAUACUGCAGUGUCCACCGAAAUGGAUUUGGUCUCUGAAAGUGGAUCUAUUGCUAAACUCCGUGCUCGAUUAAGUCGUUUUGGGGAAGGUGAAGAUGAAGCAGAGGAAAGUGGAAAAGAAAAGAACGAUCGUGCGGAUGGAGACGAGAGUCUUGGUGGAGAGGGCGUGGAUGAAGAUGCGCUGAUGGCUCGCGCAAUCGCUUUGUCGCUAUCUUCGGAGGUAAACUUACGGAACCAAACUGAAGCUUCGUUAACUGCGAACAGCGAGAAACAGCCAGAUGGAACGCAAGAGAAAAGCGAACCCUUCGUUGUGAAAACUCGUCCUCCAAAAUUUUCCGCAGAAGAGUUGCUGGAGCUCGGUCCAUUUGCACUUCCUGCUGAGUCGAUCGCUAAUGUCGACGGCGCUUCGGUCAUGAUGGCGUUGAUAGUCCAGAUGACUAAAUUAUGCUCACAGUAUUUGCAGCUGUGCCAGCAAGGGGUUCUCCCGAAUAACUCGCGCAUUCAGCCGCAUCCACUGACGUUCAUGCUGCUCAAUUCAUUAUUGAGGGAUUUGCAUACAUCAACAGCUCCCCAUGCACAGUGGGCUGAGGAUCUGCGUUGGGUUGCAAAGUGGCGUCUAUUCGUGUCGUGCUCGAUGCUUUCGCUGCUUCGAGUACUAGAGGUGCACUUGUUUCACGUGGAAGUGAUGGGUAUUGCUCCAGCUUCUGUCGGUUUAGGGCGCAUUGCCAAACUCGCUCUCCAGCCAAAUGAUAGCGGAGGUGGAAAUGGCAAUCCGUUGUUGGAGAGUUUGAAGUCACUGGUCGUUCACUACAUCGCCGUGGACACUUCUCCUCCACUUGACGCCGAUCAGGAUGUUAUUGAUACGAUCAUUUUCUCGAGCCCUGCAGCUUGCUCCCCGGUUGAUGUUCAAAAGGCUGCAGCGUACUAUUUUGCCCGUAUCCGUGAACAAGCAAUGGCUGCGUGGAUUCGUGGUCUUGCUAUCUUCUACGAUGACCAGAAGGAGCGGCACAUGCUAUUGACGACAAGGUUGGCCGAGUGCUUCAAGCUCGCGCGAAGUGGUGAACAAAAUGUUGAGUGGAAGUUUCAUCAACUGGACAUUUUAUGUGCUCGGUUGGCAUUGCCGGAUAUGGCACAGCAUUUUGUGCCCGCGUGUGUACACUUUAUUGAGCACAACACAAGAAGCGAUCGUGAGCAUGACGAUUGUGACUCUAGCACGAAACCCAUUGACGACUUUACUCUACAAAAUGCAGCUUCGAAGACAGGAAAGAUUAAGGCAAAGUGGAAUCCAGCUGUGAUACAUGCAUCACUUGAAUCAGGUACUCUAAGUGCACGUUGCCUCUACGAUUACAUAUCGGGACAUGGAUCCCCAGGUCUUUUGGGUACGGUGAUGGAAACUUCAGGGGACGGCACAGGCGACAAUCAGCUGAAUAUUGACACUUUGACUAAUGCGUACGAAGAUAUGUGGGAUGUAGACCGGAAGCAAAAAGCAGAGGCUUUGGAUUGCAUUGACCGCUUGCCCAGUUUGAUUGAUCUGCUGCGCGAAAGUAUCGUGUGUUCAGGAUGGCACAACUUCUCUUUCAAAGACAACUACGAACUGGUACAUGCCCCAUUGAUACCGCUUCUCGAGAAGGACGACGAUUCUUCACGACAACUUGCAUUGAAUGCCCGGAUCGUCCUGCUCCGCUCAUUUCAAGAUUUGAUGAUUCAGCGAAUUGGUGGACCUCGUGGUGACGAGCCUCCUGCUCUCGAGUUUGAUUCCUCGCGGUGCGCUGAAACAAUGACACUUUCGGACGGAAACCGAACCGCAAAGCAAUACACAGCAAAACAGUGGGGAAUGGUGAUGGCUUCUACCGGCUGUCCUCCCAACACUGGCAUUCAUGAGUGGGGGGUUCGCCUUGACCGUUGCGAGAAGGGGCAUAUAUUCCUCGGCGUAUGUACUAGAGACGCAUCAGUAGCGACCUAUGUUGGUGGCGACCGACAGGGAUGGGGUCUUAUCGGGACACGAGCGCUCUGGCACGCUCGGAGUAAGGUUCGCGGCGAUUACGGGGACGGUUUUACUACUGGCAGUGUUGUGCGCGUUCGGUUAAACACAGACAGCGGAGCGUUAUCCUUUGGUGUUGGUGAUAGUGAUUGGGGUAUAGCAUUUGAUGGUCUGACGCAGCAUGGCACUUUGUACCCUGCCAUUGGUUUGUAUCAAAGAGACGAUCAAGUUACAAUUUUACCGGUGCAGCCGAUAGUAGACUCAGCUUAUGGGGCGUCAACGAGUGGUAAGGUUUCGGAGCCCACAGGCAUUGUGAUCUCGGCUGUCCUGAAGCCCUUCUUGCACCACGCGGGAGCUUUGUUGGAGUCGUGCUGCGCAUUUCUAUCAGACGUAACGGUUAGCACAUUCGACAUUGAGUCGGAGCAGCAAGAAGCUCGUAGUGCAGGGCAGCGAGCUCGUGAUUUCAAGCAAAUGGUGUCUUCGCACCCUCUGUUGUUUUCGAUGGUGACUCCGCUAAUUAGCUCCCUUAGUCUCAUCCGAAACUACCACGGCUUGUCUUCGACACUAGCUAUAACUUUCGUGCCUUGGUGUAUCUGCACAAUGCAAUGCAUUGAGCGUGUAAAUCAAGCUCUCCGGGCGCUGGCGUCAUCUACCAACGAUGACGAAGCAAGUUCUUCCGGUAUGCUUGUGUUGAGCGUCGCUGGGGACUGGGAAUUGAAGAGUAUGGCAGCCGGCAAUAUCCCGGCUCAGCAAUACCAUCUUACUCUCUCUCAAGGCAAAGGUGGCUCGAUGCACGGACGCAGCAGUGGUCCAUUUACGACAGUGACGCUAAACGGUAUUGCUCGGGGAACCAAGGUAUCGUUUGUGGAAACGUGGCGCCAGGGAGGCACCUGCUUGGUUAAGGGACGUCUUCGAGCUGACGGAAACGUUUUCACAGGCAGUUACGAAGACACGAAGAGCCAUACAAGUGGUUGUAUUGUCGGAAACAAAACGUCACAUGAUGUCAAGGGCGCUGGUGAAUGUCAGUGGGUUACAAAUCAGCUCGUCAUCCUCGAAAUGGUUGUUGCUAACCUGCUGGGCUAUUUAGGUCACACUUUGACCAGUUUGGAGAAUGACGACCUUCUUGUUGGUAACGCGAUUACUAGUGCUCUUGGUCCACACGAUGCUGGCAAUAGCGAUGAUGACGACGAAAGUGAUGAUGUGUACAAGUCAGAAUGCUCGAUCGAUGAAUACGAUGAAUGGGUGAGUAGCAGUUUGCUAGAGGGUGGGCUUCCCCUGCACAGCGUACAAGUACACUUGAAGGGUGUGCUCAAUCGGUGCUCAGAAAUGACUGCGUUCGGUCCCACCGUGGCAACGAGCUCGUUGCCUUUGCUCACAGAAGCAGCUAACAGCUGGACGCAGCUUGUAUUGCCUAAGACGCUGUCAGUCCCUCUUCCGAACUUUGACACUGUACCAAACGAUAGUGCGCGUGCCAGUAACACGUUCCUGAAAGACCUCACUGAAAAUCGUGGUGAGGCUGCUAUACUGGAUGGAUGGGUUUCGAAGCAUGUUGGCGAAUCACCUUUUGUGAGGCUAGGAGGGGAGGCUAUGAAGGCUACCCGACGCACUGUUUGCGCUGCCAUGAUAUGGCACAGCGGCUUUUUAGGCUGCGUGAAGAAACACGUUGAAUAUUUGCAGAGCAACUCCACGGAAAGCGAUGUUCGACCGCACGACAAUUUGAUGCAUAUCUGGCGUGCCGCUCAGCGAGUCAUCGAGUGGGCGAUCCGAGCAAAGAAUUCCAUGGGAUCCACAUAUACUGUUGUGGCUGGCCUGGUGAUCCGGAAAGCUCAGUUUCUACUUGGAAUCGAACCCAGCGCUAAAGCCCUGGCCGCUGCCGAGGCUGUGUUUGCGCUGACGACCGUGGACAGUGGUGCUCAGAGGACGGCACCCAAGUCAGCUGUACACGAGUGUGCUGAACGUAUAUUCAGCGAUGUUCUUGUACAAGUAGCACGAUUCGUGGAAGCUCCUAUUCGCAUAUCGUCGCUGCAGUCCAGGAUGUUAGAAAAGUGCACGGCAGCAUUCUUGCGCACAAUGGGCAUGUUAUCGUUCAGGCAUUUCGUUGACGACUUGGGUAGCCCUACCCAGCGCAGUGCAUUAACCUCGGAGCGUCAUGAAACCGUUCAGUCUCCACUCGCGCUAUCAAGUGUAUUGCAGUGGCUGUCACCGACGCUGGCUGAUUCCAAAGCCAAUGGUGGUAAUGGCCCAUCGCUGGGCAAGAAUUUUAGUGACUUCAAUGCCAGCGUGGUGCCAGCACCUACGACUGCUCAAGCCACAAGCGAGUUACCGUAUUACCUAAGCGGUCUUGGUGGCUGCGGUAAGCAUCUGAAGAAUGACCUCAGGGACUCAUUCGAGUCAUUGUACGGGUAUCUGUGCGCGUCCUUGUCCAAGGCAACUUGGGCUCACGAUGCUGAUCUGCAACUUGUCAUCUUAUCAGCGUGGGGAAUCAUCAUUCAGCCGGACGAUCAUUCAUUUCUAUCACGCGUUGGCAUUUUCCGAGUGCUACAAACUGUGUUGGACGAGGCUCGUGGCUCCAGCGAUUUGACCUCAGCAGGUGGCACAAUUGGUGUAUCACGGGCCUCCCACGAUGGCGCAAUUUUGGUUGCGGAAGACAAGAAACGAAUUGUCCAGGCUGCGUUGAAAGUGGUGCACCUGCUAGCCGCACAAGUUGCCCAUGCCAGCGACACCGCAGACGACCUCUUGAGCGCGUCAGACCUUCCGUCGACUGCAGGUCUCAGCCUAGGAUCGAUUCCGUUGCUGCGCAAGCCGUCAGGUCCUGAAACACUUGGAAAGUCCGUGUUUCACAUGCUGUACACCGAGCUGAAGAACUCAUUGGAAGAGAUGCAACAGAAUCGGAGUAGCGUGACUUCCGAUCCUUCUGUGUUUGUGACUGAUCCGAUUCAGUCCAGCACUCAAAGUCCAUCUAGGUCCAUUCGUGAAGGUCUGGGCGAUUCUCAAGAGUAUUGCUUCCAGAUAUGUUCGCUUCUGUACUCGGUGAGUGGCUCACCUGUAUGCAGGUCGCACCUUUCAUCAUCUCGGUGGCUACGCUUGUUACUAGCUCUCGUGGAUGUGAACUCGCCUCAGAUACAGCGGCGUAUCCUGAAAUUGCUCCGUCGUUUGCUCCCGUCACUCGAUCCAUCCUCCCUGAGGGUUCGAUACGACGAGUUUGCAAGUUUUGACAUGGACAGUGAUGACGAGUACGAAGUUGACGGCCAGGACGAACCUGAUCAUGCAGCCACUUUGAUAAACUUCUUCGUCGAAAUUGUGGGUAUGAUUAAUCCUCCUAGCGUGGCUGACGUAAUGCUUCGUCGGCACGGAAAUUCCAGUGAAGAUAGCCCGAUAGGUCAGGUGGCAGACUCGGGCUUUAACGCUGGACUCGCGGCCGACGUCAUACUACUCCUUCGUUCGUUGUACGAGUCGGCUAAGUGGGCUGAGUACUUGAACAGUGCGAUCACUGACGCACUUGCUUCGAUUCCUCUCGCGUGUGUCACGGAGCAAGGAAGAGCCGUGUCAGAAAGUGCUGAUUUCGAUGUAGAAAUGGAAGACGUGUCGAAGGAACUUCCGUCUUUGAAAAGCUGGACAACGCAGACGGGAAGUUUCGUCAGGGCUUUAUCUGCACUAUGCGUUCUAGAUGGCCACAUCGAAGGCCUUCACGUUGGCGGAUCUGUUAAAAUCAUACCUCGAUCUGGAUCGUCCCUACAAGAGAGUGCUUUUCGAGGAGCAAGAGGCGUGAUUGUUGCAUAUGAGCCGGAGAAGUCAGCCGCCGAGGUGGUGUUGCGUGCGAGCCGCGCAGAUGAGACCGAUGGCCAACAACAGUCAUUACUAUUGAAUCGCUCCACACCGACCCGCCCAGUCCGUGUGCCGAUUGAUGAUCUGUUUGCAGUGCCAGAAGUCGAGCUACCCAGCAAUGCAUUUUCCGAUACUGUGUUGAGAUCUUUGCUCGUCGAAAGGUUCCCAUACUUUCUGUCAGAAGUCAAGAAGAGCUGUCUGGAGGUGAAUGUCGCUGAUUCUUUUGACGAAGCUGAAGAAGAAGGUGGGAUCGAAGGGGAUAGUGAAGAUGAUGACGAUAUGUCCAAUGACGGGUCGUCUUCGCCAUCGGCGGUGGAUAGUGAAAUGCCCAGCUGUGCUGGCGUCGACGAAUCGGAUUUGGAUGCGAAUGCAUCACCUACCCAUCAGAAAGUUGGCGCUGAAUCCACUUUACCCGCGGAACCUGCAGACAUUAUGGCAGAGAUGGAGAAGGAGUCACGACUUCAUCGAAUGCUUCUGUGCCAGCAUGGUCUUCGUGCUGCAGCCUCAUUGCUGAAAAAUGACUAUUGCGCUGCGACAUUUAUCCGCGGUGUUGGUUCUGCUGGUUUGAAGAAUUUGCUCAUGGUCGCUACUUCCGACACACCUACAACAGCAGGAGCAGGAGAUAUUUCCUCGCUGGAAGAAACGUGGCUCAUGUUGUGGUCCCGGUGGUAUGCGAUGAGGAAGGCUUAUGUCGCGCCGUCACCACCAGCAGACAAGAAGGAAGACAAAAGCAAAAAAAGUAGAGCUGAAGGAGCUGACAGCUCGCUGGGCCCAAUGGUCCAACAGAUGAUGGAAAUGGGAUUUCCGAAGGAAUGGUGUGACGUUGCUUUAGCUCGUUGCUCUCACAAUGUCGAGGCCGCAAUCAACUUCUGUUUCGAACACAGCAGUGACAUGGAGCAUCUCGUUGCAGAGUGUAGGUCAGCACAGGGGUCUAGUGGCGAGGGAAGCUCGAAAUCGACGCGAAAAGAUGACUUUGAAGCUAUCAGUCCGUUAUUGGAACAGCUGUCCGAGAUGGGGUUUCCGUUCAACUGGUGCAAAAAGGCUCUCGCUGCGAACAGAAACAAUGUGGACGCAGCCUUGACGUGGAUCUUAUCGCAUGGCGAAGCUUUGGAAGCGGAAGACCGGCGGGACGAAGAAGCGAAGCUUCGUGCUUCUGGUGAAGAUAUAGCAGAUGGAAACCUUUCGAGUACAGUUCCUGAAGGUGAAGGUGCUGUCCUCAUGCCAAACCCACUCCGAGCUGUUAGUGGUCAAGCUUGUGUCGGCGAGCACGAUUUGAUGGUGGAGGGCCUGGUUGGUGGCGGAUUUGCUAGCGUUGGCGCGCCUGACUGCCUCGUUUCCAGUGGACGAUGGUACUACGAAGCUACUCUCCACACGAACGGUUGUAUUCAGAUUGGGUGGGCUGACGUGGCGUUCUGCGGUGCGGCCGAUCGCGGAGAUGGCGUCGGUGAUGGUGCGCAUUCAUGGGCGUACGACGGCUGGAGACAACAGCGAUGGCACGGCCGCUCAUCGCCUUGGGGAUCUAAGUGGAAACAGGGUGAUGUCAUCGGUUGUGGGAUCGAUGCAGAUGCGGGCACCAUCAUUUUUAGCUUGAACGGCAAGAUGCGGUCAGCGAAUAUGGGUGUCGCUUUCAGGGCUGUUGACUUUGCUCGUGGAGUGUACCCUUGCGCAAGCUUCAACCGAAGAGAGCGAUUGCAGUUUAACCUUGGUGGAUCGCCGUUUAAGUUUCCACCUCCGCCGGGCUUUCAGCCGAUUUUGAACGUCCUCAAUGGGGCGUCUGAUCUUAGCUCUGUUCCCAAAGGUUUCGACGUGAUUGGGUCUCGUGAGGAUUGUUUGGAAGAAAGUGUGGGUGAAGAAAAUUACUCAAAUGACACCAGGUACUUCGCACGAGACAUGCCUCCAUCCAUGCUUCGAGGUUCUGGCCACGGUCGCAGCAGUGGUUUUGUGUCUGGCUCAUUUGUGACGAAGGCGGACGCCUUAGCUGACAUUAAAAGCCUGCCUGAUAAUCGCGUGUAUCUCGAGCUCCUGGUGGUCACGCGCUCGCUCGCAAUCUUGCAGGCGAGGCGAGCUCUGUUGACAUUGCUUGCUAAAUGGCCAACGGGAGUGGUUGGGCCAUUCUCCGUGUCAGCGUUUCUAUCUGGAGACAGUGCGUCCACGGAGAGCGAAGAUUCUUUGAGGUUCAUUGACUUUAUUAAGCUCCUUUCGAGCUCAAGCGCGCUCCACGUAUCCACGACGGUGCCCAGCGCGUCAAUAACACUGCACGACGAUGAUGCUUUUUACCUCGUCGAUUAUGGCGCCACCGGUCGUUUCGCGCUAGACUUGCUGUCUGGCGUUGUGAAAUCGGCACUCGACAAGGCUCUCUCAGUGAUUACGACUGGUGUGUGCGAUCACAUGCCUUUGGUGGAUACGAUCCUUUCCUGUAUUUCUUCAGAGGUGAAAAGGGCUUCUCAACGCCAGUACGCUAGGAUUCCAUGGAACUCAUCGGAGGCUGCCAUGACUGCAACGCUUUUGCAGAUUACAGUUGAAGCAGGUCAGACGUGGUCUGAUAAAGAGAUGUUGAAUCACCCGAAUCUCUUUCUUGCAGAGUGGAUCAGUGGCUUAUUGCUAGAGUCGUUAGAAAAACACAAGGAGCGGCUUCUAUCGCCAACACAUGACAACAUCCGGCAACAAUUGCUGGAAGCGUGGAUUUCGUCGCUGAAGUCGCCAAGCAUGUGUGUCAAAGAACGCGGGGCAACUAUCCUGGGAGGAAUCCUACAAAACGUUCUGCCAAGAUCAUGUGGAGUUGCUGGUGCAAACGAUAUUGGUGCACUCGAUGGCCAAUCACAUGCACGAUUAAAAACGGCCUUGGAGGUGCUUCCUCUACAGCGACUCGUCGACCUCGCUCAAGAGCGAAUUCUCCGUGAGUAUCCGAAUGUUCCGGUGUGCUCUAAGUACGUGCAAAGUCUGGUGGAGCUUGUAUCGGCUGCUGGCUUAGCCAUGAGCGCUGUGGGAGACUCUACCGACAAACUGUUCGACAACAGCUCGUCUGAGCGGCUACAAGCUUGCAAGCGAAUCGAAGCAGAUCUAGCGCCGAUUGAUCAGAAUGAGUACGAAGAAGUGAUGGCCGCAAAGAAGCUACGAUCACAACAGGCUGCGGAAGAGGCCGUGAAGCAGGAGAAACUUGCGGCCGAACGUGCGGCGACUGCGGCCGCGGAAGCGCAAAAUGAACGAGAUUCAUCAUCAAGUCUGGGCGAAUCAAGCUUCACCGCCAGCGACGCCGAUAUUGUAGCCCAAGGUGCCAACUCAGAAAGUGUUGCUGAAAGGAGCAAUGGUGCCAAUGGUGUCACCAACAUGGAAGUUGACAACAGCGAUUCCGAAGAAGCCUCAGAUAUCACGCUGUCGGCAAUCGCUAACAUGGUAACUGAAGAUGGCGAUGUGAUGGCAGCCACUGCUGCUAUUACCGCGGUUUCCGGCGAUCGUUUAGUUAUCAAAGGACCGGGUAGACGAACGAAACGGCCCAUGCCUGAGCUGCUUCAGCACAAGACAGGCACGGCGUUUGAGUUCCGUUUACCUGAGAAAGACCCCGACUUCGAUACGUCUUUGCUGAACACGCGGGAAAUCGACAUGUUAGAGGCUGCAAAGCGUGGUAUCAUGGGAGACGAACCGAGAGGCUGGAGGCAUGGCAACGACGUCGGAGUGCUCGCUGAUGCGCACACCGAGCUAUGGAGCGGCACGUUGACGCAAUUUCGGUUACGCCAGAAGAAAGGAGAAGGAGAUCAAACCGAGUUGAAGGUCGGAUGUAAGGUAAUUCGUGGGCCCAAUUGGAAGUGGCGCGAUCAGGAUGGAGGCGAAGGUAGUGUGGGUAUCGUGGAGGGUGUGUCACCUUGGAGUGGUGUAGAUGGAGAAGGUAUGUCAGUGCGUUGGCCGAACGAUUCUCUAUACACGUAUCGCUGGGGAGCAGACGGUAAUUUCGACCUGAUUCACGUGGAAGUGGAUGAAGAUGGCAACAUCACGCACCAACAUGCUACGCCAAAAGCGAAACAAGAGGACGAGGGGUCGUUCGGAUCCGAGCUACACCUUGGUGUACUUCUAUACCUCUCUGCUGACGAAGAAGCUGAGCCAAGCAACGGCAAUGGGGAAUCGAAGGUGGCUGGAUCGAUGGAGUGGCCUGACUACGGAGCUGCUGUUCGCGUCGUUGGCAUCAGGUAUGCUGACGGGUCGUUGAGUGUCCAAGAGUUACAGCUCACUCGUGGCGAUCCCGACAUGGGAUGGAUGCUCCGCUUUGGAACGGAAAAGUGGCAACCUGGCACAAAAUACAUGCUGCGCCCACUCACACCACUUAACUCACCAGAGACAGCUCCCCACGAUGCAUCUGAGGUGGACACACUUCGUGGUGAAUACUCGCAUUCCGGGUAUAAAGAUGGAGAGCUUGUCGAAAUUCGUGGAGAGCUACAGGUGUCGACGAAGUACUUGUUCACGAUGGAUCUUUACAACCACUUCUCGACGCUCGGAGUCUCACCCGAUGGACUGUCGGUCACGUGUCACAGUGGAGAAUCACGAAACCUUGCACUAGGAACGGUAGGAUUUGCCUCGGGUAUUCAUUACUGGGAGGUCCACGUGGAGCAAGCAGAGUUCGGUAGUGUGUUCAUUGGCGUGUGUGAAAAGGCUGGCCCGCCAGGCUCCCAGGCUGCACUGUCUAGCCGAUUAAAUAGAUGGCACGGAUGGGGUUUUGUAAACUUCCGUGCAACAUACCACAAUAGUACAGAGCGUAUCUACGGCGACCACUUCAAUGCAAGCGAUACCAUUGGCGUGCGGCUCGAUAUGGAACAAGGCAAGCUGUCAUUCUUCAUGGAUGGCAUAAAGUUUGGCGAACACAUUGUAUCUGAUUUGGGCGUUGCAUUCGAGAACAUGAAAGGCGAGCCCAACUCGCGUACCCUGUACCCGUGCAUCGGUAUGCGGAAGGGUGGGGACCGAGUCACGCUUAAUCAGAAGUGGGUAUCGAUGCCUGGAGUGUCUCCACGUCAGAUCCUUUCGGAUGCCGUUGAUGUUGGCAAAGCAUUGCACUCCUGGUAUGCCUCGACGUUGCAAGAAAAAGCUACGGCUACAGUCGAAUCUCUAGCUGGACCCUCCUCGAUGAAAACUGGCACACUCCUCGCAAGGACACCGACGCCAGUAGAAGCUCGUGUGAAGCUGCCGAUCAAAUUGCUUUACGAGAGCUGGCUGGAGUGGAAGCAAUGGAGUGAUAAUCACUGGCAGCGGUGUCAUGUACGACCACGAGGAAUCUCUGUCGACUUCGACACGUCGCCUACUGCUUGUAUCCGUGUGAGUAAUGCUGCUGGUCUAGGCGCUCCAUUCUUGGCUGGUGAUCGCGUCCGUAUGUGUUCCAAGUGCGGGCAAGAGUUGAACCAACCGGAGGAAGCUGUUGUGUUGGGCGUAUAUCGUGGCUUCCUUUGGUACCGCACGGAAACACAAGGAAAUGAAGGCGCCGAUGAAGGACGAACGUGGGCCUGGUAUUGGUCGCCAAGUGAGCUGCCUGAGCUCCUUUUGAUUCGGCGUGGUGGUAAGGACAUGACACUGGUCGAGAAUAGUGCAUCCGAUGUGUCGGACUAUGAAACUGCAGCUGAGCACAGUCCAUUCGAGCCUCGCUCGACACUAGAAAUGCGUGCAAGGACGGACUUCGCUGCAUUUGUAGAGCUAGCUACACGGUCGCAUUCGGCCACGUCGGACAUGCAGUUGGUUGAGCGGCUGAAUGCCUAUUGCGCGGCGAUUGGACUUGACGUGACGAAUCUGAGUAUCACAGAUGUUGUGGUUCCAGGGGAGAUCGACGAAGACGACGACAAACUAAGUGCGGCGCACGGACGUCCCCGGACGCGUUCACUAGUAGUCGAUGACUAUUUCACGUCGCCGACUCUGAAAAAUAUCACGGGUCCCGAGUUACGUGCACGCACUGCAGUACUAAGGGUUCUGAACAGCAAGAUUCUUCGAGUGCUCCCGUUUAUUGCAAUCCAGCCGGACGAUGGAAGCAGUACCCAACCGAUCGAAGUCGCAGGCGGUGCUGGAAUGAACACUUUUACCAAGGGGUCGGCCGCCUUUUUGUCAACGAGUAUGAAAUUACGCUCGCUGCGACGACUAGUAUUUACUAGCACCAAACGAGCCUUCUGGGAUGACGUACUUCGGGCUACGACGACAAGUACGCCACUUCCGUCCGAUGAAUAUGAAGAUCCACGCGAGAUCCGCGUUAUUCGAAUCAACCGAAUUCAAGCGCAAGCUUCGAAGCUGAGUUUGCUUUCGCAACCCGGUGAUCGAUUACGCCGUUCCGUGUUUGGCCAGCUCUACCGAGAGAUGCGCGUGUGGAGCGACAGCUUCUUCCGUCGUGCCUACUGCGGAAAGGGUCAUGGUGGCCAGCGACGUGCUUUUAAGGUCAAGUUUUUGGGAGAGGGUGUAAAUGACUACGGUGGACCGUAUCGUGCGGUCUUUGAACAGAUCGUGGAUGAGUUGCAGAUGGACAAUGUGGAAUUGUCUAAGGGUGAGCAAGGCUUGCUGCCACUGCUGAUACCGUGCCCGAAUCGCCGGAGCACUACAGGCAGCAAUCAGGACAAGUUUCUGUUGAACCCCUCUUGUGGCACCACCUUGUUGACUAACGGGCCUAUGGCAUUGGACCUACACCGUUUCCUUGGAAAACUGAUUGGCACAGCAGUACGUCACGGCUUACAGAUGGGGCUGGAUUUGCCUGCGCUCGUUUGGCGACCAUUAGCUGGGCUUGAAGUCAGCCGAGUACACCUGGAAAAUAUCGAUAUUGCAGCGGCCAACAAUUUGUCCCGCGUGGAGGAGCUCGACUGUGAUACUGAAACAGCAGCUCAGGAAGCAGAAGAGGUGCUUGGUUACUUGACUUUGUCGACCACGUUGAGCGACGGCGUUGAGGUCCCCUUGAUACCCCAGGGCGAAAUGAUGCCAGUGACUUUUGAGAAUCGCGAAAUGUAUGUGCACCUCGUGGAGAAGACACGACUGACAGAGAGUAGCCAACAGCUCGCUGCACUCAAGCACGGCUUAGCGUCCGUGCUUCCAAUGGAGUUGGCGCCAUUGUUUACACCGCAGGAACUCGAAGUGCUGAUCUGUGGAAGACGCGAAGUGGACGUGGAUUUGCUGCAUCAAUGUACGGAAUAUAGUGAAGGAGCUACUGAGACGAUGCCGCAUGUGCAACACUUCUGGGAGGUGCUGCGGGAAAUGACAAGCGAGGAGAGGACAUCGUUCUUGCGCUUCGUGUGGGCGCGCAGUCGCAUGCCCAACAGCGCCAAGGACUUUCCGAUGAAUUUCAAGCUGCAGGCCGCAUUUGACCCUGGCGCUGUCGGCCAACCCGACCAAUACCUGCCCCACGCGCAGACGUGCUUCUUCGCGUUGCGACUUCCAGCCUAUACGAGCAAAGAGGUGCUGCGGGCCAAGUUGCUGUACGCGAUUCAGAACUCGCCAAACAUGGACGCCGAUGUGAGGCUGCACAACGCCGAGGGCUGGGCCGAUGCGUGA